AUACUCGCAUCUUUAGAGAUAUUUAUAAGCCAAAGCAUUUUAUAAUCCGACUCCGUUUAUCUCCUUAAAAAGCUGUAUGCCAAGUGGACUUCCGGUCUGCCAUGUCCUGAGGUAGGAUCCUGCAACCUAACUGCGAAAUUCGCACGAGUGGGAAGGUUGUAAACAAUGAGCGUUAUCAUCUGGAUCACUACUGGAAAAUCUGGGACUCUUUAAGGCUGCGACAUCAUUUAACGGAAUUGCAUUGGGUUCAAGCCAAUAAAGAUGUCCAAAAUUGAACGUCUGAAUGCCCGAGUGGAGAAGCUGCUGUCUAAGGCUCUGCAGGAGGUUCUGGAGGUGGUGAAAGAGACUGUGUCCGAGUACCAGGAGAAAACCACGAGAACACAGAGAGAGAACCAGAGUCUGAAGAGGAGGGUGCAGGAGCUGCAGCUGAAGUUACAGCUGGGAAACAAUAGAGUUCUUGCACAAACGUACCCGGCAUCGUCCCAGCAGGAUGACGCAGCGCAGCACCAGGUGGAGCAGACACACGAAGAAGAGGAGGCUGCAGACAUAUGUCCCUCGUAUUCAUUUGAAGACGUGGACUGUGACGCAACCGUGACGUCAGCGGCCACUUCCGGUCUCCCCCCUACGACAGCACCCCAUUUAGGUCAGUUAACAGCUCUUAAAGUAGAGACUGAGACGGGGCUGCCGAUAUCUGACCAUGUCGGCCCCUUCAGCUCGGGUUCACUGUCUGGACACGAGCACCACAUGAAAGCAGAGCCUCAGUCGGAGGACGACGCGGUCACGCGCACCGCUCAUUACUUCUAUGACGACAUUGGCGCCGCGUCCUCGCGCGCACUGAACCGAGCAGCUCCCGCGGCUCGUUCUGGACUCUACAGCGAGUCCGGCCUCGUCUUCCGGCUGUCCGAGGAGCCGCUGACCCAAAAGCACAACAACAACAACAACGCACACUGCGUCGGAGCGGAACAACCGAACGGCGCUAAUCACGCGAAAGAAGGCGCGUCCCCCGGCUCACGCGCGUUCCCGAGAAACGUGAGAAAACACUACUGCUGCUCGCUCUGCGGUCGCACCUUCAGACACGCGGGCGACUACAAGAAGCACAGCCGGGUGCACACCGGGGAGAAGCCGUACUGCUGCUCGGUGUGCGGCAAGCGCUUCAGCCAGUCGGGCUACCUGACGGUGCACCUGCGCUACCACACCGGGGAGAAGCCGUUCGGCUGCAGCCACUGCGGGAAAAGCUUCAGUCACUCGAGUAACAUGAAGAAACACCAGCAGACUCACCUGUGAGGCUGCGGCUCCCAGGCUCUCUCUUCAUAUUAUAGUGUUAUAUAAUGGGCUGUUUUUAAGACACAUGAAUAAUAGGUGCACAUUGCUCUAGGCUCUCUCUCUCUUUUUACAUAACAUGUCAUUUAGCAGACGCUUUUAUCCAAAGCGACUUACAAUAAGUGCAUUCACCUAGAGUACAAACUCAGAACAACAAGAAUACAGAAAGUAACAUUUCUUCAAGCAAGUCGAACUACAAAAGUACCAUAAGUAAUAACAUGAGUAAUACUAUAAGUAAGAGCCAUUUAAGAGCCACUGAAGUGCUCAUCUGUGUUUUAAUCCAGAUAUAGUCGGAAAAGAUGCGUUUUUAGUUUCCGGUGGAAGAUGUAGAGACUUUCUGCUGUCCUGAUGUCAGUUCAUAUUAUAGUGUUAUACACUACCGUUCAAAAGUUUGGGGUCACUUAGAAAUGUCUUUAUUUUUCAAAGAAAAGCACUGUUUUUUCAAUAAAGAUAACAUUAAUCAAAAAUACACACUAUACAUUGUUAAUGUGGUAAAUGACUAUUCUAGGUGAAACGUCUGGUUUCUAAUGAAAUAUCUCCAGAGGUGUAUAGAGGCCCAUUUCCAUCAACUAUCACUCCAGUGUUCUAAUGGUACAUUGUGUUUGAUCAUCGCCUUAGAAGACUAAUGUCUGAUUAGAAAACCCUUGUGCAAUUAUGUUGGCACAGCUGAAAACAGUUAUGCUGGUGAUAUAAGCUAUACAACUGGCCUUCCUUUGAGCUUGAAGUUUGAAGAACAAAAUUAAUACUUCAAAUAUGAAUCAUUAUUUCUAACCUUGUCAAUGUCUUGACUAUAUUUUAUAUUCAUUUGAUAAAUAAAAGUGUGAUUUUUCAUGGAAGACACGAAAUUGUCUGGGUGACCCCAAACUUUUGAACGGUAGUAUAUUAUCCUGUUUUUAAGACAAAUAAUAGGUUCACAUUGCUCUAUUCACAAAGUGCAAUGUCAAGUGAUCCAUGAUGGUUCACUGAGGGUGUUGCAAUCCUGUUUAGAAAGUUUCAAGUGUCAAGCACAGUCUACUAUUUCUGUUGUCUGCCUUGGAGCCUGGUUGUCUAAUCUCCAAAUCAAAUAAACAUAUUUGUUACUUUU